UGGGCUUCAAGCCGACGACGGCCUUGUUUAUGAACUUGUAUCAGAUUGGCCGAGGGAGUCACCAGAAUUGUGCCGCCUACGCCAACCUUCAACAAUUGCCGAAGAAGAGGAGCUUUACUGAUCUCCCUUCAUCCAUCCACGAUUGGAAGAGCAGGUUUGUCUUCGUGUCGUUGGGUGAGGGGGGCAAUGAGUUUCCUUCCGUCGGCCAUAGUGGUAGAUUUACCCUCCAUGAUGUGCCGAAGAGUGCCAUCCUGGAUGCCCAAGUAGUUGCUUUCUUGGAAGGGGGGCCGAGGAGCGUGAAGGACUACAUCACGGAGUAAAAGAUGACCGCCCUCGGCUUCUUUAGGUACUUCGUGUAUGGGAACGAGGAGGAUGAUGGUAGAGUUGUGGCCAAAGAUGACCACUACCUUCGAGGAGGCCGAUGGCCCGGAUUUGGGGAUACCCGCCGAAGCUGAUGACUUCGUGAUGGAUCGCCGGUCCGUGAUGAAUAAAGCCGCCGCAAAGGCGAAGGCUGAGCUGGC